AUGGUCCGGGCUGAAAAUACUACUCCACCGAAUGUGACGUGCAGUGACGUCACUACCCACCCCCUCUUUGUGAAUAGUUUCUUUGGACUAACCGAAGGUGUUUCGUACACCUACGAGGAUGCGAACCCUGAUCCUAGUGGUAUAUCUUAUAACGUAACCACAGGGGCAAUGGGAGGUCUCUACCCACCAGGACGAACACCCGUUACAUUAAUCGCAGUCGACCUGGCUGGUAACACCGCCACAUGUUUGUUCCAUGUAGAAAAUACACUGACUGAACUACCGGUGGAAUGCCCCAACAUUAAUGGCACCGUCGCUACGUACCACAUCUCACUGAAGUACAGCUUCAACGUCACAAUCGGACCUGAAAACGUCACCAAAUCAAGCCCACAGUACCGGUACCAUGGGGGUGAUGUCUCGGUGGCCCUUGGUGUCAGGGCGAGUCCGAUCGGUAGCGUCGAUGAUCUGGGGACAUACCAGCUUACCAUAGCCGAUGAUGUACUGAGGAAGACUUGCGAAGGUCCUAUCCGAAUUUUAGGGUUGUCAAGGCUAUAA